CCACAACGAAUACGGCAUGGUCGGUUUUUGGCUUCCGUAGAAUAUCUAAAAGAGAAAGUGAAAGCUCUGAAAUUGAUAGCAAGGUCCCCGUAAUCAAAUGUCUUCAUCACGUGACCCUACCGUGGCUAUCAUUGGUGGAGGAAUAUCAGGACUAGUGUGUGCCAUAAGAUUAAACCAACUCGGCUUCUCCAGAGUCACGGUUUUUGACACAGGUAAGAGAGCAGCAGGAGGACGCUGCUCAAGCCGGAAGACGAUGGUAAAUGGACAGCUCCAUACGUUUGACCACUCCUGUCAGUACUUCACUGUAUCCGACAGAAGAUUCGCUAACAUUGUCUCCUUUCUACACAACAAAAAUGCAGUCAAAAUCUGGACAGGAAAGAUCGGACAUUUAAAGUCGGGGAAAUUCCACGAGGACUCCAAUAUUACUCAGGCUUUCAUUGGAACCGAUGGAAUGCAGACUGUUGCGGAUUGUUUGGCAUCUAAUGCGAACGUUCAGCGACCAGUGUGGAUUAGCGAAGUGUUUUGGGAGGAGGGAAGUCGAAAAUGGAAGGUUGACCGAUUUGGGUUUUACGAUUACUUAAUUAUAGCGCAUAAUGGUAAAUGUGCUGACAAAUUAAUGUCGUCUGCUGGUGCACCGGAAGUUCAUAGUCUUCUUCGUGUGAGAUUCAAUGACGUAUUGAAUCCACGUGACCAGCGCAUGCACUUAUGUUCGUUGUGGGUUCUUUUAAUAGCAUUUGAAACGCCGCUCAAAUUAUGCUUCGAGGGAGCUCACAUUGAUCAUGAUGAUAUAUCCUGGAUAAGUAAUAAUACUGCAAAGUACCGAAACGCAAGAGAACCAGUGGCAGGUAAGAAGGACUCCACAGAGUGUUGGACUAUCAUUAGCACUAAAGCUUUCGGAAAGAACUUCAAGGUACCUCAGGAAAACAUCCCGCCUUCUACAGAAAAAGUGGUUACUGAAAGAUUAUUGACUGCCUUUAAGGCUGCAACAGGGAGAAAGGAGAUACCCAGGGUUUGUUAUACACGGGUACAGCUGUGGGGAGCGGCCGUUCCUAUCAAUGUACUGGGCAGUGGUGCAGACUGCGUGUUUGAUUGUCGCCAUCAUUUAGGCGUGUGUGGAGACUGGCUAUCCUCCCCUUGUAUACAGGGUGCGGCAAUCAGCGGAUUAUCCUUGGCGGAAAAAAUCCAGCAACACUCUGCAGGACAAUCAGCUACAAGUACCCGACUACAUCCGACAUUUACGGCGGCCACGACCAGUGCCAUUGGAGGCUUCCCCACAGACAAAUCCUUAAUAUUCACUCCUAAAAGCUAGCUGUUGAUUCUAUCAUCAAGGAGCAAUUUACUUUGUUGAAUUUUGUUGAUAUUCGUAAACGCCGCAAUUAAAAGCAAAUUAUCAUA